UGUUACGUUGUGUAAGUUAUUCAGCGAUCAUCAGCAUGUGUUAUGAAAUUUUGCACACGUGAUUCCGAGCUCCACGAAAGAUACGACCUACUGACUUAAAGAAUUAGAUUAUGACUUUUAUAAAGUUGAUUUGUAACUGAUUCAGGCGCUGUCAGUUUUCAAAUAGCUUAGACGAACAUCCAGAAGCGUCGAUAACUCCAAACUCCUAGCUAUCUAGCUAGCCAGCUGAAGAUAGCUAGCCAGCUGAAGAUGAAAGCCAAAUGAACUGUUUGCAUCCAAUGCUGAAUUCAUUCCUGCUGCUGUUAUAUACGUUUUAGAGAAUUUGCAUAGUUUCAAGCAGUUAUGAGCGGUCAGAGUUCUUCGCCGGGGGCGAGCAACGGCAUCACCCCUCUUCAGCAGAUGAUCGCGUCCUGCUCAGGGGCUAUCCUGACAUCCCUGAUCGUCACACCUUUGGAUGUUGUGAAGAUCAGACUCCAAGCUCAGAAGACCCCCUUCCCUAAAGGAAAAUGCUUUGUGUACUGCAAUGGCCUCAUGGACCACAUCUGUGUGUGUGAAAACGGCAACUCCAGACCAUGGUACAAGGCUCCAGGACACUUCAACGGAACCCUGGAUGCCUUUAUCAAGAUAGUCCGCAGGGAAGGGAUCAGGUCUUUAUGGAGCGGACUGCCCCCAACGCUAGUCAUGGCGGUCCCGGCAACUGUAAUCUACUUCACGUGUUAUGACCAGCUGUGUGCGGCGCUGAGGGCCCGGAUGGGCUCCCACAGCGAGGAGGCCCCGCUGCUGGCAGGAGCCAUCGCCAGAGUGGGCUCUGCCACCAUGAUCAGCCCGCUGGAGCUGGUCCGUACCAGGCUGCAGUCCCAGCAGCAGUCGUACAGGGAGCUGAAGGAGGGCAUCAGCAGCGCGGUGAAGGCCGAGGGCUGGAGGUCCCUGUGGAGGGGCUGGGGACCCACGCUGCUGAGAGACGUCCCCUUCUCUGCGAUGUACUGGUACAACUAUGAGAAGGGGAAGCUGUGGCUGUGUGAACAGUAUCAGACAGAGGAGCCCACGGUCGCCAUCACCUUCAUCUCUGGAGCGCUGUCUGGCUCUAUUGCUUCCAUAGCAACCCUUCCCUUUGAUGUGGUCAAGACCAGGAGACAGGUGGAGUUGGGGGAACUCCAAGCUAUGAAUUUGUCUGCGAAGGCCUCCUCUACUCUGAGUGUGAUGAAGACCAUCGUGGCAGAAAGCGGACCUGCCGGCCUGUUUGCAGGGUUUCUGCCCCGGCUGAUAAAGGUGGCCCCGGCUUGUGCCAUCAUGAUCAGCACCUAUGAGUUCGGGAAGACCUUCUUCCGCCAGUGCAACCAGGACAGGCUGCUAGAGACCAGAGGUCUUUCACUAGAUACCAGCCACACAUGAACACUUGUAUAUCCAGCUGAAGCAGUGUCCCAGCCAGGCACAGAACUGCAGAGCUGCAUGUUGCACGGCUGACAUGAAACACAAUGGAGGAAGGUGAAGACAGGAGCACAUGGUGUUUCUACAGGAGCACAUGGUGUUUCUACAGGAGCCCUGACCCAUUGACAGUCCAUGAUUGUUGCUGUAGUUAAUUAUAUUGAUUUAAGUUUUCACUUAAUGCUGUGAAAUUAAUACCAAUACACUAAAUUAUUUGUAGGUAUUUGCAUAACAGCAUUUGAAUAAGAUUUAGACUUACUGAAAAUGACAGGCAGUUUCCCAUGCAGGAAUAAUGCAGCUUGCGUGAGUGUACUUAAUACAAGUGCCAGUAGGUGGCAUCAUCAUUGAAUCAUUGAAAAUGAUUCAGAUUUCACCCUAGCUGGUGCUGGGGUGUGGCAACGUGCGACGUGCCAUUAGAGAGAGACAGGCAGAUAGAUAGAGACAGAGACACAGAGAGAGAGAGAGAAAGAGAGAGAGAGAGAGGGAAAAGAUGGGGCGUUGGUUGUCCGUCCCCCAUCUCCAUUUCUCUCCCUGCAGCACUCUUCUUUCGAUGUUCCAUUUUGUCUCUGAUGUUCCAUCCUUCUUGCUCCGUCUAUCUCCCCCAGUCUGCUCUCUCUCAUCUCAGCCUCUUGCUCUUUCCACACCCCUCAGAUAUGGGUGGUUCGUAUCCAUGGAGAGAAGUACGAGUGGUAUCGGCUCAGACGAUUUAAACUGUCCCAGUCCAGUUGAGACAGAACUCAUCUCUAAAUGUCAUUAGCAACAUCUCAGUUGAGUCAGACCGUCAGUCAGACCUGCACCUGUUCCCUUCAGUCAAACAAUCAGGAUGUGCAUUUAUGGAUCAAUAAGUAUGUGAUCAUAUCUUAAAUCAUUAUUUGUUCAAAUUGCCAAGAAUAAAAGUAAUGUUAUGAAU